AUGUCUGAUUCGUCGUCUGAAGAUGAACAUGAGGCUCUACCCCCUAAAAUUAAAACAAAGAUUGCAGCUGAGAGCAUUGGAAACGAUGCCGACGAUGUAGAAGGCGAACCGGAAGCAGCAAAAUCUUUCAAAGAAUUGGGUGUAUCGGAUGAGUUGGAUGAGGCAUGUACAAGGAUGGGUUGGAAAACGCCUUCGAAGAUUCAAACGCUUGCCUUACCUGCAGCACUGGCCGGGCGGGAUGUGAUUGGGUUGGCAGAGACUGGAUCUGGAAAAACCGGGGCUUUUGCGAUUCCGAUUCUACAAUCGUUGUUGGAGCACCCGCAGAAGCUCUAUGCGCUUGUGCUGACGCCCACUCGAGAAUUGGCCUUCCAAAUCGCGAAGCAGUUCGAGGAUUUGGGCACGAGAAUCGGAUUGUUAGUUGCCGUCAUUGUCGGAGGCGUUGAUAUGGCCACGCAGGCGAUCGCUCUGGCAAAGCUUCCCCACAUCAUUGUCGCCACACCGGGUCGCUUAGUUGAUCACCUUGAAAAUACUAAAGGAUUUUCUUUGCGAGCCCUCAAAUAUUUGGUGAUGGAUGAAGCCGAUCGAAUUUUGAACCUCGAUUUCGAAGAGGAGCUGGACAAGAUUUUGAAAGUAAUUCCGAGAGAACGACGGACAUAUUUGUUCUCGGCAACAAUGACCAAAAAGGUCGCAAAACUGGAGCGUGCUUCGUUGCGGGAUCCUGUUCGUGUCGAGGUCAACUCGCGUUAUAAGACGGUCGAUACGUUGAAACAACACUAUAUCUUCAUUCCCUUCAAGUAUAAGGAAGCGUAUCUCGUCUACAUCCUAAACGAGCUGACGAGCAAAAUCAAGUUGGCCGAACCGAAGCUGGCGAUCAUUUUCACGGGAACAUGUCUACUGGCCGACACAAUUACAAGAAUGCUGCGGCAGCUGGGCAUGGACGCGAUUUCUUUGCACGGGCAGAUGACGCAGCAAAAGCGAUUGGGUGCCCUCAACGCGUUCAAGACCAACUCGCGCAACAUCUUGGUCUGCACUGACGUCGCAUCUCGAGGAUUGGAUAUUCCCGGAGUCGACUUUGUCUUCAACUUCGAUGUGCCCGGCCAAGCCAAGGACUACGUGCACCGGGUUGGACGUACUGCGCGUGCCGGAAGGUCCGGAAUGGCCAUCACCUUUGUCACACAAUACGAUGUGACGAUUUAUCAGCGGAUCGAGACGCAUUUAGAUAAAAAGCUUCCCGAAUACCCUUGCGUCGAGAAGGAGGUGAUGAUGCUAGUCGAACGCACAGCCGAAGCUAUGAAGGCAGCAAAAGAGGAAAUCAAAGAAGCCGAGGAGAGGAAGAAAAAGGGGAAACGACAUUUGGACGAUUCGGAUACCGAGGAGAAUACGGAUCGUUAUCGCAAGAAGUUCAAGAAUAAGGGCGCCAAGAUUACCAACAAGCUUCGU